UACAACUCUGUCGAACAGCUGUGUGUUUUUAUUUGCUGGUGAAAAUUUUUUGCAAGAAUUUUUCGCAAUAAAAUUUAUAAAUUGCUUUUUUCUCGUUUAUUACCCACAUCACAUUGCGAAAAAAUUGCGUUAGACACUAAAGUGAAUGGGGAAAAAAUAAUGUGAUUUAAUUACUAAUAUGUCUACGGAAUAUUUUAGCUCUAUAACGGGCUCUUCGAAUGCGGCUUCUUCAUCCACCAUUAAUAAUAGUAAUAAUAAUAAUGCCUGUACUUCCACUAGAUGGUUGACGGAGGAGGUAUUUGCCUUAAUUGAUUUAGUGCAACGUAAUGAGGCAAUUUAUAAUCCACGACACAAAUACUAUUUCUGUCGUCCCUAUGUGGAGAAUUUUUGGCGUGAGGUCGACUUGAAAUUGGAAAAGAAUCCUGGAGCCAGUCUGGCUAAAUGGACUAACUUGCGCAUCUCGUUUCGCCGUGAGUAUACGAAUUAUCUCGAGGAAAAGGUGCCGCCUUGCUGGACCUAUUUCGAUCGCAUGUUCUUCCUACAUCCCUAUUUAAGGAAAAAACAUCAACAAUCCAAAUCGUUGGAUUCACAAGUACAAGAUGCUUUAGUGCAAAUAAGUUCCUUAUCCAAUCGGCUGCAAAGGGAGCGAGCAGUGGCUGCGGCAGCCUCAGCAGCCGCUAGUUCUCUUAAUACACAAUCAAAUAAUGGCUCACCGUCACAGCCUCAGCUAGAUCCUUAUUUGGAUGGUUAUUUUGAUGAUGGCGAGCCAAAUAACUCCGAACUGGAUGAUAUGAUCGAUGAUGAACCCUCUAAUCCACCACAACAUUUUGCUCAUUCUACCCUGGCCCACGAUAUUAUUAAGUCCGAAUGUGAAGAUAUUGCUGAUGAGUAUGAUAAUGUGGAAAGACCCUUAGUAGAUGAGGAUGAUCACGAUGCGGAUGAUGCGGAAAUGCGCAACUUUGUGUUAAAUUCUUUGGAAAAAAGACAACAACAACAGCAGCAACAACAACAGCGUUUACAGCAUUUGCAGCGCCUACAAUCGAGAGCAUUCUAUGAGGAUUUUCGCCACAAAAGAGCUCGAUCUCAUGAUAAUAUCUCUUCCUCACAGUCUUCCUCGUCUUCGUUAAUGGCUUCCUCCACCAAUCACACCAAUAAUGUGUCAUUUGUGCGACCCACCUUUGCUAAACCUCUGGAGGUGGUCAGCACUACCACCCAAAGUCAUAACAAUAACUCUAGCCACAACAAUAACACCAGCAGCAAUACGAGCAAUAACUCCAAUUCCUCUUCAGCCUCCUCGGUAGUAAACAAUGACCUGGAACCGGUUACCAACUCUACGGCUCGUUUAAAUUCCUCCUCAUCCUCCAACAAUCAACAUCAUAAUACUACCACCUCCUCCACCUCGGCUUCACACUAUUCCUCCACAUCCUCCAUGAGUCAUACGCAACAUCAUCAUCACCAGCAACGUUUUGAAAUUUCCGCUAUUAAUUCCACAGCUAACCCCUUAAACCCCACCACCUCCUCCGCCGGCUCAGCUAAUUCUUCCUCCUUACUAGCGGUUCCCGCUCCGGCCACACCCGAGCUAUGUGAUUGUAAAACCGAUCCAGAUGCCAUGUUCUUAAUGAGUCUACUGCCCGAUAUACAAAAGCUAAAUGGUCGAGAUCGUGGUAAAAUUAAAAUUGCUUUCCAAAAUAUCUUGCAAGACUACUUGUAUCCCGAUUGAACGGCCAAAACUGAGAUUCCCCUUAAGAGUAAAAUUAACAAAAAGAAAAAACAGAUACAUUAUAAAUGUAUACUCAAUGCUAAUAGCAAUUAGUUAUAGUAUUUAAAAUAUUUUAUGUAAUGAAAUAAAAUUUCUUAGUUCGUUUUCCAAUUUGUUUCUUCAAAAAAAA